CCCCCUCUGCCAACUCUUCCCAUGCUUGCCCCAUCCAUCAUAUAUAUUCUUUGCAUUUAACAUCUUCCUUAGAUUGAUUGCUCUUCAAGAGCAUCAAAUGGCAAGCUUUGAGGAGUAUAAAAGGGAGAAGUUGAGCGACUUUAGAGAAACAGAAGGCAGAAACAACAAGGCAGUGAAAGAAGAAGAGGAAUGUACUCUAGAUGGGUCCAUUGAUCGACAUGGACGGCCCGCGAUCAAAGGAAAGAGUGGAGGAUGGCAAGCUGGAAUUCUAUUACUUGUAAAUCAAGGGCUGGCAACUCUUGCAUUCUUCGGAGUGGGAGUGAAUCUGGUACUGUUUUUAACGAGGGUCCUACAGCAAAACAACGCUGAAGCUGCAAACAACGUGAGCAAAUGGACAGGAACAGUAUAUAUAUUCUCUCUGGUGGGUGCUUUUGUCAGCGACUCUUAUUGGGGCAGAUACAAGACGUGUGCCAUUUUUCAAGUCAUCUUUGUGCUUGGAUUGGUUUUGUUGUCCCUAUCAUCAUAUGUUUUCCUUCUCAAACCUGCUGGAUGCGGGGAUGGGCAAUCUCUAUGUGGGACCCACUCCACCUUAGAGAUUGGGAUGUUCUAUCUAUCUAUCUACCUGAUUGCCCUUGGGAAUGGAGGGUACCAGCCCUCCAUCGCCACCUUUGGGGCUGAUCAGUUUGAUGAGGAGGACCCACAAGAAGGACACUCAAAGGUUGCCUUUUUCAGCUAUUUUUACCUGGCUUUGAACCUUGGCUCCCUCUUUUCAAAUACUAUCUUGGGCUAUUUUGAGGACAGUGGGAUGUGGGCCCUUGGAUUUUGGAUGUCCAGUGGAUCUGCCUUCUUAGCAUUGGUACUGUUUCUUUGUGGGACCCCAAGGUAUAGACACUUCAAGCCAGGUGGCAACCCCUUACCCAGGGUCUGCCGGGUGGCUAUCGCUGCAGCAAACAAAUGGAGGGUCGAGAUGCCGCCACGUGUUGAGGACCUACACGAAGUUGAUGGGAAAGAAUGUGUAAUCAAUGGUGGUAGAAAGAUACUCCAUACAGAGGAAUUCAAAUUCUUGGACAGAGCUGCAAUUAUCACAGACAAGGACUACACAACACAUGACCAAGCUCGUCCUUACAACCCAUGGCGCCUUUGCACCAUAACCCAAGUAGAAGAAGUGAAAUGCAUACUCAGACUCCUCCCCAUCUGGCUAUGCACCAUACUCUAUUCAGUAGUCUUCACCCAAAUGGCCUCCCUCUUCGUCGAGCAAGGAGCCGUUAUGAAAACCACCAUCUCCAACUUCCAUAUCCCUCCCGCCAGUAUGUCCUCAUUUGACAUCCUCAGCGUCGCAGCUUUCAUUCUCUUCUACCGCCGAUUCCUCAACCCCCUCGUGCGCCGGCUGAACAAGAAAUACCCAAAAGGGCUAACCGAGCUCCAACGUAUGGGUAUCGGUCUCGUCAUAGCGGUUAUGGCGAUGGUUGCUGCCGGGAUCGUGGAGAUUUACAGACUAAAAUACUCAAAUGGAGAUUGCUACAGGUGCAAGAGUCCUAGUUCUUUGAGUAUACUGUGGCAGAUACCACAGUAUAUGCUGAUUGGAGCUUCAGAGGUGUUUAUGUAUGUGGGUCAGUUGGAGUUCUUCAAUGGGCAGGCCCCAGAUGGGUUGAAGAGCUUUGGGAGUGCUCUUUGCAUGACUUCCAUUUCCUUGGGUAACUAUGUUAGCAGCUUGCUAGUGACCAUAGUCAUGGAAAUCACUACAAAAGAUGAUAGACCUGGUUGGAUUCCUGGGAACCUGAAUAAGGGUCACAUGGACAGGUUUUAUUUCCUCUUAGCAGCUUUGACCACUGUCGACUUCGCAAUCUACGUGGCAUGCGCUAAGUGGUACAGGUGUAUCAAGUUUGAGGUGAAGUGUAUGGAUCACAAUAAGGAGGAGAAUGAUAGGGUGUAGGAGUUUUGGUGGGGCCCCACAUCAACAUCGGUGACCACUUCUUGGGUGUUCAGUCCUAAUUGAGAUUAGUGGAUGGUCUAGAUAAUCACAAUCAAGCUCAUAAUUACAUAGAUGCAUGCAAGUGGGGCCCACCCACUCACCUAUGAGAGUAAGUGCAAGUGGGGCCCACUCACCCACAUUGUUACUGCUCUUUUGCAUCAUUCUCCACCCAUCAUUCUGUAAUGGGGUCGGUGGUUUUGAUCCAAGCACAGAGAAAUGCCUUUUUGAGUUUGGCAUUUUUCAAAUAGUUGAUGGUAAAGAUGAAAAUGACAUUAGCUUCGGGGUAGUUGGAAUUGUUCUGUAAAAAAAAAAAGUAGAAAACAAAUCUAAUGGUGGCUUCUUUUGAUUUUGUAUCUUUUACUAUUACUUACAUAUGAGAAAUUAUUCUAAAAUAAAACCAUGUAAGUUUCCUUUUUAGCAAAAGUGGACAAUUGUAUGUGAGUCAUUUUCCAUCAUAAAGUAGCAUGGGAUCUAUGAAAGUUGA